UUUCUGAGCCAAAAAGGGCGAAAGGAUCAGAGUAGUUACCGUGAUCCAUUGUUGUUAUCUCUCUCUCUAGAAUUUUCUAUCGUCUCAUUCUCCUCACAAAUUAGGGUUUUUGCGAAUCUCUUCAAUUCUUUCAAAAAUCAAAUCCAAAGGUUCAACCAUGGUUUCCGAUUCAGUCGCCGCCGUUCCGAUUCCCUCCGCCGCGAACACUAAGAACCCUGGCAAAAAGAAGAGGACCAAUAGGUCCGCGAAAUUGAAGCAGUAUAAGAUUGAUGCGCGUCGUGAACAAUGGCUGAAUAAAGGUGCGGUCAAGAACAAGGGUUGUAAGGAUGGAAUGGAUGAUGAUGUUCACGUGCCCCCGUCGUCGGGGAAACAUGCUAAGCAAGAAUUGGAGAAAUUGGAGACUAGGCGUAGAGGUGAAGAGGAUGAUGUGUUGAUCCAUCAAGAAAGUGAUUCUGAAUCGCCGUCGAACAGUCCUGUAAGUGCUAAUAGUAGUGUCUUGUGUGGUAAUGAUUCUGGGACGAAUUUUACUGGUAGCAGCAGCAGCGGUGGAAGCACUAGUAGUAGUUCUAGCAGUGGUGGGUGUUGCUCUGGGAAUAUUACGGAAGAAGAGGAAGAUGAGGAUGAAGAAGUGGAAGAAGAGGAUGAUGGAUGCUUGGAUGAUUGGGAGGCUGUGGCAGAUGCUUUGGCCGCCGAUGAGAAGCAUCAAAACUCUUCUCACAAUGAACCUGCUGUGGAAACGGAUUCUUCACAAUCUCGUGAAGUGACUGGUGGUUCGGGUUUAGGUCAUCCGAAUUCCAAACCAGGGAGUGGUGGAAUGGUUCCUCGGGGUUCUGCUAAUGCCAGAGCUUGGAGGGCUGACGAUGCUUUUCGCCCUCAGACUUUGCCCAAUCUUUCGAAGCAGCAUAGUAUGCCGAAUCCUGACCGGUUUUUUGGAGGAGGGGGUCCCUGGUGUCGCACUUCUGUGCCAUCGAAUUGUCCAAUUUGCUGCGAGGAUCUUGAUUUAACGGACACGAGUUUUCUUCCGUGCAAUUGUGGUUUUCGGCUUUGUCUCUUUUGCCACAAGAGGAUUCUUGAGCAAGAUGCUCGUUGUCCUGGGUGCAGGAAGCAAUAUGAGUGUGAACCUAUCGAGACAGAAGCAAGUGUGCAUGGUGGUAGCCUUACUCUUCGGUUGGCACGUUCUGUUAGCAUGAUCGAAAGGUCUUGAGAGAUUCUCUGUUUUCAUUAGUCGUGUAUGCCGCAGUCUCUCCUUUUUGCAUUGUUUGCACCGUCUGUACUUUUUUAGGUUGAAAUAUCCAAUUUUCAUAGCUCUAGUUGGUUUAGGUCAUGAGUUUUUUUAGCACCUCGAACUCAAGUUGUUUCUCAUUUCAUCUUAUGGUGCAUGUGUUAAUGUAGAAUACUCAUGUUGGUAUGUGAAUACAUAAGGUGGUAUAGAAAUUCAAUACAUUGAAAAUAAUGGUUACAUAAUGCCGUGGCAUAUUUCCUUUAGGCUUCUACUUCACAUUUUGUGCAUAGUUUUUGUACUUCCAUCACUUUACAGUGUCGUUGUUUGAUUGAACAUGCUCGAAAUAAUAUUUGUGUAAAUUCAAUUUCUGCCUGUGUUACAAUAUAUUGUGUUUAUCUUCCUCCUCUUUUAACUGUUGCAGUUACUGACAAAUAUGCUAAUGAUCACUAGCCAAAUGUUUUUCCUGUACUUUUAUGGUUUCAAAUGUUCUUUGGCCUUAUGUUUUGCUCUGUCUGUGACGUUUGAACGAGUCAGGGAAGUUAUUAUGCUACUUCUAUUGUUUGGAAGCAGUUUUGUUUUUCUAAAUGUAUCAUUAUCAUAUAAUCAGUUUCUAUUUUAUUUAAGAAUGGUCUUGGCAGCAUUAGGAAAGCUCUUAAAGUUUAGUGUAUGGACAGGAACCUAAGUUGCCUCAAAAUAAUCAUUCAACAAACUGGCUUGUGGGUUUUUUUUUAACAUCAAGGGCAGUACAGAAAUGCUAUGUUAGUCUGUUUUGUUUUUCUCUAUUCUUGCUUUAAAUAUGACGUAAUUUCUACAAUGAAAAAUGGAAAGUGAUUGUUUUUUUUUAAUGUUAGCUAACAUUGUAAAUAUAUAUACUCAUGACAUAUGACAUUUGAAUAUUGUUUCCUGAUGAUUCUCUACUAGGAACCAAUAUACUUUUGUAAGUAUAAAUUUGAAGGCUGGUCAAUAGGGUUUUCAAGUUUUUCAAGUGGAACUGCUCACGCCGGUUAUUGUUUUUGAUAAACCUAUUUUGUUCUCAUCUCCCCCAAAAUAACUAUCAGUGUUGUUUCAUUUAUGGGCUACAAUAAUCUUUGACUGUCUUCUUUUCAACUUGGUGGGUGCGAAAGAGAUGACCUAUUGUCUGUCUUUGAAAUGUAGAAAUGGUAAGUCCUGUGUACCUUAAUUAGGUUUCUUUUACUAUUGGUAUAACUGUCAUUGAAAUAGGUCUAUUUGAUAAUGUUUAAAAUCAGCUUGAGAGCGGGUAUCCCUCGUUAACUAAUAUCAAUAUCAAAUAGAACAUUAUUGAUGAUUGUUCAAUUAGUGUGAUAAGUAACAGUCAGUUAGUGAAAUGCUGAUUUACAAACAGAAGACCUUGGGGCUAUUUCAGAGUGGAAGCAUACACAGGAAAGCCAACUUCUAGGAUAUUAUUGGAAAUACACAAGAAAGCCAACUUCUAGGAAAUAUAAUUGGAAUAGUCCUCCAUGGGGAUUAGGGAGAAAAUGAGAUAUGUUAGGAAUAACAUGGUUUUGCAUAUAGGAAGUCUCAAGAGUAUUCCCAAUGGCCAAUACAAAGCCAAACAUGCACAAGAAAUCAAUAAUAGUUGUACUUUUGAUUUGUUUUGUAAAUUACUUAUUCUUUUUUUUUAGAGAUAAUUGUGUUAGGUUUCAGCCUUUGUGAUGUUCUUAUACUUAGAAUCAACCCUUUUUUAUUGUGUCAUAUUUGAAGUUGUUUUCUUUUCAAUGUUACUUUUGAGUGAUCCAGUGUAUUAUGUGGUGCCAUGAGUAAUAGGCUAUUGGAUUUAUGAGUAAAAUAUUGAAAGGGUGAAAUUAUAUUUGUGAA